AUGGGCUUUCCCGAGGACUGGGUAGGCCUCCACUGCAAACAGCGCUCCGACGAGUUGCUGGUGGGAGAGGCGCUGAGACGCGACAUGGUGGAGCCCGCCUCUGUCAGCACCGCGGAGUAUGCCAAGACGGACGCUGCCGUCGACUCGCUUGCCGACGCCCUCGCCGACCCCGAAGCGACGGCCGACACGGAGAUCGACGUGCCCGAGGCGCUCGGGCUGCAGGAGGCGGAGACGGACACGGUGCUCGACAAGACGUCGCCCACCGACGCGCUGUACGGCGUCACAUGCACUAGCUUCGACGACGAGAAGCUCGGCCUGCCGCCGCUGCUGCUCAAGGGGCUGCAGGAGAUGAAGUUCGUGCGGCCGUCCAAGAUCCAGGCCGCCUCGCUGCCCAAGAUCUGGGCGGGGCGCGAACUGCUGGCCCAGUCGCACAACGGCACGGGCAAGACGGCGUGCUUCGUGCUGGGGAUGCUCAAGGCGGUGGUCGCCGACCCUGGGCCGCAGGCGCUCUGCCUCUCGCCCACGCGCGAGCUCGCGAAGCAGAUCGGCGAGGAGGUGCUGAAGAUGGGGAAGCACAUGCUGGCCGAGUCUGGCAUCCGGCUCAAGGUGAUUCUGCGGGAGGAGCGGUACGAGUCCGGCGCCAAGAUGGAGGAGCAGCUCGUGGUUGGCACGCCGGGAAAGGUGUGGACGCUUGUCAACAUGCGUGUCCUCGGGACAGACCAGCUCAAGAUCUUUGUCCUCGACGAGGCGGACGAGAUGCUGAUGUUGGGCGGACUCGGCGACACGACCAAGCGGAUCCGGCAGCGGUUGCCCAAGGCGGUGCAGACGCUCUUCUUCUCGGCGACGUGGACCGAGCCCGUCAAGAAGUUCGCUAAGCAGAUGUCGGCCGUG